AUGAAGCUCUUCAAUAGUUGCUUCCUGUUAUCGGCCAUUUCCAUGACCAUCCCAUAUUCCUCCCUAGCGAUUGCUACUACGACUACAGCCACUUCUCCAGCAACCGCUGCAGGCCCAGUUGGCGGUGUUUGGUCAACUAUCCCAUCUCCCCAGGGCGGAAACUGUGAUGGUUACGAUGUUGACACAAUGGUCAACGAUGCCAAAACUCUGGCUCAGAAUGCCAUUACGGCUAUUCAGAAAAUGCUGAAUGGUGGACUCAAGAAUGCAGACAAGACUUUGGUCGAGACUGCGUUCACUUCUUGGGGAGUGAACUAUCGACAGAUUAGUUUUUUGAAUAAGAUUUGGAUUACUAGUGGGCAGGAUACGCUGCAGACUGCUCUGAGCAACUAUCAAAACGUUUUGAAUAUCCUCGGCGGUUCUACUUCGACUCGUGCAAGGCUGAUGUGCACCGAUGCUGGAUGGAAAUACGCAAAUAAAUUGGGAGAUGUCGGUCAAACACCUCCCGAUGACCCUCUUCCAGGAAUCACUCCGGCUCAACCAGGAUUCAGCUGGAAUCCGUACUUCUCCGUUUUGAUCCCUGACAUUGAGUACGACAGUUCAGGACAGUACGGAUCAAGUAUCUGCACGCCAUACAAUUCAAAGGGCCAGCAACUCAGUCGACCGGAUGGUAUUACUUGGUGGCAGGCCAGUCUUAUUAUGAUGUGCGCGGGUGCAUUCAACGGCAAAACACUAUCGGAUCGUAUUUCGAGCCAGUCUUCGCUCGCUGUAGGAACAUCGCUUGACUCGCAACAAGUUCCGGGAGGAGUCUUCCUACAUGAGAUGAUGCACUUUAUUGGACAGAACAUCAUUGACGUUGUCAUCACCAUGGACAACGGAAGUAAAGUCAAAGCCUAUGGGUUUGACGGCUCACUCAUGAUGGCUGUCAACCCAGAUUAUGCUGGAAAAGCGGUAUCAAAUGCUGAUAAUUACCGUAAUUUCGCUAUGGCAGUGACUUUGAGCGAUAUCGAUUGGAGCGAAACUGGGACGAAACAGUCUUGA